UCGAACGAGGUCAGAUCGGUUUUCUGCCGGGGACCGCACACGGGGGUCAUCGCGAAACGGAACAUUAUCGCGCGGAACGGAUUAUCACAGCAAGUGAGGAGCGCACACAUUUUUGCGGUGAUUAUCAGUGAAAUUGUUCGAGAUUUGUAGCCGAGGUGGGAGUUUUUGUGGGGAACGGAUUUCGUCCGAGAAGAGGUGGUCCACGCCGUAAGUUCCGGGUUGUGAACCACACCCUGAAAAAAAGAACAGGCGAAGAAGGAGAAGCAGAGAAGACGGAAUCGGAUCCUCCCGGGGCAGAUUAAUUAUCCUUUUUCCUGGUCAGCUUCCGCCGCCGUGGUGAAAACCGGAGGCGGUGAGGUCAUGCCCGAGAAUUGGUCCUGGGUGUGCUCAAGGGGUUGGCACUGGUGACCACACAGGAGAUUCCGUAACCAUAAUAAAGAGAUUAAGUCCUUUUCCCCUCUUUGAAUCAAGUGCAAUCACUGCACACGUUGCUGCUGUGGUGAGAACGAGUGUGUGUAUGUGGUGAGUUGAAGGAGUGGGGAGGUGAAAGUGGAAUUUAAUUCACUGCCCGUUGUGGACUUCAUUCCAUUGAAAAGAAUCCUCUUACAGGGGAAGAGGAAGUGUUGUUUACAUUGCCAUCCAGUUCAGCAUCCGGUUGAAGGUCACUACGAGUGCGUCAGAUGGGAAGCUAAUUAAAAGUGAGGUUAGGUUAGUGAAUGUGGUGGAGAAAGAGGUGAAGUUAUUAAGUCAUUUCCGUGACGUGAAGAAAAAGUGUUUGUGGUAAUGUAACACACACUGCCACGCAUUGGGAAGUUGUUAGAGUGAAAUAGUUAAGGGAGGGAGGUAAAAGUGAGCAGAAACUAAUUAGGAUUAGCCGUGUCGAAAAGAAGCGCUUUUCAAGCAUGGUUCAGCGGAAGAUACUCCUGUCGUUCAUUUUUACGUUGCAGUACCUCAAGCUGAUCCGGACGCUGCAGCUGACGGAAAUCGUCGUGCCGGAAGUGGUCGAUGUCCGCGAUACGCCCACACUGUCCUGCUCGUACGACAUGGGCACGCACAAGCUCAACUCGGUCAAGUGGUACAAGGACGAGCGGGAAUUCUUCAGGUACUCGCCGAUGAUGGAGCAGAACCAGAUGAUAUUCCCGGUGGAGGGCGUGACCGUGAUGCGGAAGGCGCCGGCCCACCUGUGCGAUCAGUACUCGUGCAGCAUCCAGCUGCAGCAGCUCAACAUCCGGUCGAGCGGCGCCUACCGGUGCGAAAUCUCCGGCGAUGCGCCCGAGUUCAAGUUGGCCCACGGGACGGCCAACAUGAGCGUGGCAGUGUUACCUCAGUACGACCCCAUCAUCAACGGGCUGCAGCAUGCCUACUCCCUGGGGGACUUUGUGGUGGCCAACUGCUCCUCGGACAUGUCCAGCCCGCCGGCCAAGCUGUACUGGUUCAUAAACGAUCGGAUUGUCCCGUCGGACUUUCUCCAGCCCCAGCAGGAGACGACCAUCGACAACGAUGGCUUCACGUUGCGCUACCGGACGCUCGAGAUCCGGUUCCACAUCGACGAGGUGCGGCUGGGGAAGAUCAAGGGCAAGCUGGCGCUAAAGUGUUUGGCGCGGAUCGACGCGAUCCCGCAGGGCACGCGCGAGUCCACCCAGAUCAUCUACAUCCCGAUGACGGACGAGCUGCGGAACCAGAAGCUGAUCAACUGGCGCAGCGGGGGCUCCUCACUGCACCACGGGAAAACCACCCAUCGGCAAACGUACGUAGUCCUUGUUCUAACCGCCGCCCUCUGUCUAGCGUUGGCUUCGUUACACCGCCUGUAAAAGCUCCAAGCCAGUGCUGCCAGCCAGCCAGCCAUCGUUUCGUCGAUCGAACCAGCUGAAAGCAACUACUGGUGAGGAAAACUUUUUA